AGGUCUCCUCCUCCCUCGCGGACGCCGCCCUGUCUUUCCUUCUCUCUCUAUUCUGCUCCGUGCCAGGGAGGAAGGGGAAUCUCUCUUCUUCUUCUGCCUUCUAAUCGUGUUAGCACGAAACUCCAAGUCCAGCUGCGUCGUUUGCUCGCCCGGUGAUUAACGAUUUCUGCAUUCCACUCCCGGUAAAACGGACACUUCCUCCGCAUCUUCUUUCUUUCCCGUCUCUUCUUCUACUUCACUUGUAGCUCCUCCGAGUUCGCCAGAUCUCUCUCUCGCUCUCCCUCCUAAAUAAAGAAAAAAAUUCUCUCUCUCAGGAGGGUAAGUGCAGGAUCAUGGCAGAUAUUCAGUUGGGUACUCAUACUAUAAAAUCCUAUGGAAUAAAAGUGGCAAGGUUCCACAUGUAUGACUGGAUUAUUCUACUCCUCCUUGGGGUCAUAGAAAUCAUACUCAAUGUCAUAGACCCUUUUUAUCGCUUUGUGGGUAAAGACAUGAUGAUUGAUCUGAAGUAUCCACUAAAAAGUAACACAGUGCCAUUUUGGGCUGUUCCAGUGAUUGGAAUUGUAUUGCCUUGUGCAGUCAUCAUAGGAAUAUACUUCAAAAGAAGGGAUGUGUAUGAUUUUCAUCAUGCAAUAUUGGGCCUUCUGUAUUCUGUGCUUGUAACUGGGGUGAUAACUGAUGCGAUCAAGGAUGCCGUUGGUCGACCUCGGCCAGACUUCUUCUGGCGUUGUUUCCCCGAUGGACAAGAGGUGGGUCAUUAUUCUUGUGACCAUCCUUCAUUUUUUUUGGUCUAUGAUAACGUCACAACAAAUGUUAUAUGUCAUGGAGAAAAGAGCGUUAUCAAGGAAGGGCACAAAAGUUUUCCAAGUGGUCAUUCUUCAUGGUCGUUUGCAGGCUUAGGUUUUCUUGCAUGGUAUCUUUCGGGGAAAAUCCAAGUUUUUGAUCGCAGAGGCCACAUUGCCAAACUUUGCAUUGUGUUUCUUCCUCUACUUGGUGCAUCACUUGUGGCAAUUUCUCGAGUGGAUGAUUAUUGGCAUCAUUGGCAAGAUGUGUUUGCUGGUGGCAUUUUAGGAUUCAUAGUUGCUUCUGUUUGUUACCUGCAAUUUUUCCCACCACCUUAUGAUGUAGAUGUGCAGGUUGGGGGCCUUUUGCAUAUUUCCGGAUGUUGGCGGAGACACGCAAUACUGUUCAGGGGUCGACUAAUACAAAUUCUCUUACUUCACGUCCCUCAGAGAUUGAAACCGUUUAUGUUUAAUCUGAGCAACAUGUCGAGAUUCACAUUUGUGACAUAAACCCAACUCCAGACACCAUGGGAACUGACAGGAGAAACCAAAGGUAACAUGAAAUCCUCUCUCUAGAAAAUGUGGGUCAGUUGGUUUUCAAAUUUUUCCAGUCCUGUAUUCUUGUUUCACAAUGUAUAAAGUCUCUAAAGUGUGAUUGUAAGCUUGCAGAGUUCAAAAACAUUAUGCUGCCUGAGAUACACUAUGGACCGUUUAGUUCCUUGCAACGAAAGAUGCAUUGUGAUAGAUUGUACCUCCACAAAAAAUGGCAUUGUAAUAGGAGUUGCAUGUAUGUGAAAUGCAGCAAUUGUCGUUACACGCAAUUGCUUUUUUUUUUUGAUUGGAUGCAUGCAACUAUAGUUGUUGCAGCUCAAUAUUUGCUGUGGGAAUGUUGCAAUUGGAAAUUGCACGUAUAAAAAACUAUCAUAGUUGGAUAAAAUAGAAGCGGUAUUCUCAUCA